AUGCCCGGAAAGAGCUUCAUCAACGACAUCACAAACCCCGUUGAGCGGGCGCUUCGCAGCCAAUUGCUUCGCGACCCGUCUCUGGCCAUCAUUCCGUCAGAAAAAGUGCUGUACCGACGAGCCGCCUCGCAAACCGACAAAGUCGUCCUUCUCUCGGGCGGUGGCUCCGGCCAUGAGCCCGCGCACGCCGGAUAUCUUGGAGAGGGGAUGCUAGAUGUGGUCGUGGCUGGCGAGAUAUUCGCAUCGCCUUCCUCCUCCCAAAUCCUGAGAGGAAUCACAGCCGCACAGUCCACGAAAGGAACACUCUUGAUCGUCAAAAACUACACGGGCGACAAGCUGAAUUUCGGACUGGCCGCCGAGAAGGCUAAGGCAAGUGGUCAGAGCGUUGAGAUGGUGGUGGUAGGCGACGAUGUGUCAGUCGAGGGAAGCUCGCUCGUCGGACAGCGAGGUCUAGCCGGGACGGCCUUCGUUCACAAAAUCGCAGGCGCACUUGCUUCAAGAGGCGCAAACCUCACGGAGGUUGCAGCUGUGGCCCAGAAGGCCGCCUCACAGAUGGCUACCGUCGCCGCCAGCCUCGAUCGAUGUACAGUCCCAGGUCGCAGCGCCCCAGGUCUUGCUGCGGACGAACUCGAGUUUGGCAUGGGUAUUCACAAUGAGCCAGGAGUGCGUCGCUCCAAGAUCGAAUCCCUCGACAGCACGGUCCAAUCUGCCCUCAACAUGCUGUUCGCCCCCAAGGCCAACAUGUGGCAGCCAAAAUCAGGCCAGAAGGUGGCGCUGAUGCUAAACAAUCUCGGCGGUCUGAGUGUGCUGGAGCUGAGCGUCAUAUUCGAGGAGGUGGCAAAGCAAGUCGCUACUCGAGGGCUGGACGUGGUGAGGAGUGUCGUUGGUAGCUUCGUAACGAGUCUGGAUGGGCCGGGCUUCUCCAUUUCUGUCCUUGCCGUUGAUGAUGAGCUCUUGGAGCUUCUGGAUGCACCGACAACGGCAAGUGCCUGGCCGCGGUCGAUCCAAUACUGGACGCCCAGCCAGGAUGCUCAGAUCACGAGCAAGCUUCCGAGCAGUGAAGGCCGCAAGGCCGGGCUUGAAGUUUCUACCGCGCUUCUAAAGGGACUAGUAGCCUCCAUCACCAAGACGGUCACUGAGGAUGAGCCCAAGAUUACCGAGUACGAUACUUUAGCAGGCGACGGAGAUUGCGGCCAAACGCUGCUCAAUGGAGUGAAUGGUCUUGUGAAAGAAUUCAGCGGGGAUCAACAGAGCACAAUUGACAUCGGGGAUCUGUUCCGUCGCAUUGCCUCAACAGCAGAGAACUCAAUGGGAGGCACAUCCGGAGCCAUCUACGCCAUCUUCCUGAACGCAGUUGCCAAUAAUCUUGUCGCUUCAUCUGCCAGUUAUAAAGAGGUAGCACCCCUUCUCCGCGCUUCACUUCAGCUUGGUCUCGGGGAGUUGUGCAGAUACACACCGGCGCGCAUCGGUCACCGCACCUUGAUGGAUGCACUCAUUCCCUUCGUUGAUACUUUCGCUCAGAACGGCGAUUUUUCCAAAGCGGUAGAUGAGGCCAAGAAGGGCGCUGAGGGAACAAGGAGAAUGGAAGCGGCUCUUGGUAGGGCCAGCUACGUAGGAAAGGAAAGAUUUGAGGAAGAGGGCGGCAUCCCCGAUCCUGGUGCGCUGGGUGUAAUAAAAUGCAACCAUCCUGACACUCUACGGCAGCUGCCAGUGGCCAUACGGGAGCGCAUCUACCUUCAUGCUGGCCUCAUCACCGGUCAGCGCCUCAUCUACGGCGACCCGCUUGAGGACGACGACACGCUUCUAUUGAUGCGCAUCUGCCACCAAAUUCGCAACGAGGUUGAGGCAUUGAUCUCAAAGCACAACGCCUGGGCCUUCACAGUAUCUAUUGAGGAGAGUCUUCUUGAGCUCCGGGCAUGGACGCCAGAGGCGUGCGCCAGACUCCGCGACGUGUAUAUCAACGUGAGGGACUCGGAUUAUUUGCCUCUUACGUGGAGCCUCAUUCGGACCUGGCAAGGUGCCGCGAAGCACCUGCUAGAACAUGCCAAGCCAGGUCAGCUCAGGCUUCAUGUUAUAUGCCACGUGGGUGAAGAUGUGGCCAGGGCUAGAGCUGUUGUCAAACCGUUUGAGCAGUUCCCAGGUCGUCUUAGAGAGCUGGAGCUCUGCCUAUCCAACUAUGCUUCCCCUGACCUUCUGAAACUAGCUCGCGAGACAGUGGUCUGGGCUCAAGUACCUGAUGAGGAGGAGGCUCAUCGUGCUAAUCAUUCUUUCCCGUUUUUCAACCUUCCUCAGGAGAUUCGUCACCACAUUUUUCAGUACACGGGCCUCGUUCUGCCUCACCGGAAUGUUCUCUGGUUGCCGGACGGCAAUGGGUUCCGCCGCCAAUACAUAUGGUGCGAGUGUGAUGGGACUGUGUGCCGCGAGAGGGACCUCCAUUAUAACCGAAGGUUCUACCGAUGUGAAGUAGAGGAAGUCUUUUGCGCAAAGGGUAACAGUAGCUUUUCGACAAGCUGUAGGCAUGAGGCCGCGCUGUCUCUGUUGCUAGCGAGCCGGGCCCUUUACCAAGAGGCCAUCGCCUUCUUCUACGCGAGCAAUAAGAUCACCAUCGCCGCUCGCGACCACCCCGAACUGGCGGUAUCCAUGUGGGACCCUACUAACAUCCCACCUCCUCGCGUAGAUGACUGGAAUGUUCCGGACUGGGAGCGUGAGGAGUCAGACUCGGCGGAGCAGAUCUUGCACGAUCCUACAAGACUUUUCAUUGAGCAUGUCGGCACCGCUGCUCUGCGCCAUCUCCGCAAUAUUGAGAUCGUGCUCCCAAUGACAACUUCAAACUCUAGCCUCGAUGACACGUUAUCCAUAUAUACCGAAUGGCUUGAGGCAGUUGGCCUUCUCGCCGAGCAUUGCAACGUGACGGCCUUGACCAUUUCGAUACAUGUCUUCACCAUGCGCGGGUACUUCCGUCAGCCGCUAUCGUUCACCGAAGACACCCGCCGGACGCAGAGCCUCCGCAUGCUUGCCCCUCUGAAGAGGCUGUCAGGUCUUGGUCGGCUAUUCGUUCUACUCGAGUGGCCUCGUCACUGGUCAUCCUUGAGCCCAAGGCUUGACAUGGAAUCGUCCGGUAUGCCCAAGAAGCCUAGUCCAGGGUGCGGUAUCGGCGAGCAUCGCAUACCGCCCUCGGAGCCCAUUCUCAUGCAAGAGGAGACACAGCUGGAAAGACAGAUUAUGGGCGAACAGUAUGAUAGCUUUGCAGUAGGCAAACGAGAACUUCUCCCCAGCCCGUGGCUUCGUCGCGAUUGGGACUAUACUGUGGGUUAA